UCCAGGUCUCUGCCCAGACAUGACAGUAAGGACAGAGAUGGACAGUCCAGUCCAGUGUCUAGCAGGAUGGGGAGGUCAUCUGUUAGCCCGACCAUGAUGUUGUCUGGAGGAGGAGGAGGAGCAGGAGGAGAAACAAAGUCAACAUGUAAACUCGGACGUUCAGCCUCGACAUCAGGAGUUCCUUCCCCGGGUGGGACGCCACAGCGUCACCUGCACGAGCAACAUCACCCCGCCCUCAGCCAGAUGCCGUGGCUGUGUGGAGACUCCACCAUGAUGGAGAUGAUCGAGAAGAAGCGGAUUUUGUGUCGAGAGAUUAAAUGUCGUCAGCGUCCGGAGAAGAAUCUGUGUAAACAGGACAGCAUGCCCAUCCUGCCCAGCUGGAAGAGGAAGCAGCCGCCACCCUACUCUGCCCCGCCCACCGCCGCGGCCGGACAGACCACCACCACCGUGUUCUGGGACACUGCGAUCUGAGACGCGCCACGGCGUAUCCGGAUGAUGACAGAGCCAUCAGGCCGAGCCCCCCGCAGCCACCACUCCUCCCUCAUCGAUUUAUUGGCAUGAUCUACCAAGCCUUCGCCGCCGCCGCUCGGCUGACGAGUCGGUAAAGGUCACUUCCUGUUGGCAUUCACGCAAAGAGUCGUUCAGUGACUUUAGCCGGUAUUGAUUGAUUAUUGAUGAAGCGAUCAGGCGACUGAUCAAACCCUGAUGCCUUCAGAACCGAGCAAAGGAGAGAAAUCAGCAUAAUCAAUCCAGAUCCAAAGCGAUCAAUACACUGAAUCAGUAUUAUUAUUGUGUUGAUCCAAUCCACCGAUCAAUAUGUCUGAACACGUGACAGUUGUAUAUUUAUGACAUUAGAUUUAUGUUUUAAAAUCCUGAACAUGUUUUUUUAAACCUCACACGAACACAGGAAGUGACCUUGUGUCGUCAGUGAAACGACAUGAAAGAAUCAGGUGUCCUGUCGUCCAAUCAGAGAGCAGGAGGCGUCCAGGU